AUGAGGAGCGCCGGGGUGGACUCUUCCGCGACAGUCUCCACGGUUUCUGCGGCGAGGACGACGACGACGACGACGACGUCGCAGCCGUUGCCGCCUACAAAAGUACUGAGAGACAGGGGCAUAAUUGACUUUAGGUACCCGAGCGAAAAGCGUGCUGCGCGGCAGCUGCAACUUGCAUUUCCUGACGCCGAUGCGCAGUUAGUGGCGGAGCUCGCGCUUCUCGUCUCGGCGCGGCGGCAGACCAUCGAGGACGCCUUGGAUUUGCUGCAGAGGCGUGAGGAGUCUGGAAAGAAUGCCCCGUCAAAAUUCAUUCAGAGAAUACCGGCGGUGCGGGUGGAGGAGGGGAAACCGAAACAGUCAUGGUCGUACAAGAAAGUUGGCGAAACUCCCGAAAAGAAUGACGGUGUGCAGAAAUCCGGUGAAGUACCACCGAAUGGCCGGGGCGCGCCACACGAGACAUCCGCAGAGAAGACGGCUGUUGUCGUCCCCGCCGUUCCCAAAACGACGACGAGGGCCAACGUCCCCGCUCAGCGGCGUGCAAGCGGCAGUACUCAGCCGUCAGAGACACGAAGUGGCGGCCUCAAUGCGGGAACAUUGGCAAAAGAUGCGGCGCAGUCCUUUCACAAUUCUUCUCAUGCCUCCCCGCCAUUAUCUUCCGCCACGACUACGCGUACUACCAAUCACACUAGUGCGACUGCGAGGCAUACCGCGAAGGCGGUGCUCUUUGUGACCACCAUGACAUGCGACCGCCGUGUCCGUGAUCACUGCCGUCAGAUAGAGACGCUUUUGUACUUGAAACGCAUUCAGUACGUAUCGGUGAAUGUCGCGGAUGAUCCCUUCACGCAGCGGCGUCUGCGUGAGAUGUACGCUGCAUCGACGGGUCGCAAUGUGAUGCCGCCCACACCGGCCUUUUUUAUAGGCGAUCAUUUCAUUGGCGAUUACGAGGUGUUGCAGGAGUUGGAGGACGAUGGGAAGCUGAUGGAGACGCUGUGCCAAUGCGGCUACCGCACGCCCCAGGGGUCAAAUAAAGAGGGCGACGGGACAGAACAGGCGGACAGUUGUUAA